AUGACUUCGGAAUUAGACAUAGAUGAGUUUAUCAACAGACUUCUGGAAGUCCGGACGUCUAGGCCUGGAACUACGGUUAACAUGAAGGAAGAGGAAGUCCGGUAUCUCUGCGUUACUUCCAGACAAAUAUUCUUAUCACAACCCAUUUUGCUGGAACUUCAGGCUCCUUUAAAAAUUUGUGGUGAUAUCCAUGGUCAGUACACAGACUUAUUGCGUCUUUUUGAAUACGGAGGUUUCCCUCCAGAAUCCAAUUAUUUGUUCCUCGGAGACUAUGUUGACAGAGGCAAACAAAGUUUAGAAACUAUCUGUCUUCUACUUGCAUAUAAAAUAAAACAUCCAGAGAAUUUCUUCCUUCUUCGCGGUAAUCACGAGUGUGCUGCAAUCAAUCGAAUUUAUGGCUUCUAUGAUGAAUGUAAACGACGUUUCAGUGUUCGAUUAUGGAAAACAUUUACUGACUGUUUCAAUUGUCUGCCGAUUGCUGCAAUUGUAGAUUCUAAGAUAUUUUGCUGUCACGGUGGAUUAUCUCCAGAUUUGCAAAAUAUGGAUCAAAUAAGGCGCAUAAUGAGACCAUCAGACAUUCCUGACACAGGACUUUUAUGCGAUAUCCUAUGGUCAGAUCCAGAUAAGGAUGUUAAUGGUUGGGCUGAAAAUGAUCGAGGCGUCAGCUUUACAUUUGGUCCAGAUGUAGUCACCAAAUUCCUUAACCGACAUGAUAUGGAUUUAAUUUGUCGAGCACAUCAAGUAGUUGAAGAUGGUUUUGAAUUUUUCUGUCGUCGUCAAUUAGUUACUUUAUUCUCUGCGCCUAAUUACUGUGGAGAAUUUGAUAAUGCCGGUGGUAUGAUGUCUGUUGAUGAAAAUUUAACCUGCUCAUUUCAGAUACUUAAACCAUCUGAAAAGAAAGCCAAAUAUCAGUAUCAAGGUGUAAAUACAACAGGCAGCCCGGCUAAAUUACCCGCUCGUAUUCCAUAA